AGUUCUCCAAACUAUAGAGAUGCCCUAGCUAAGUCCUUGCUGUUCUUCCAAGCCCAGAGGUCUGGCAAGCUUCCCUCCAACGAACAAAUCACAUGGAGGUCCGACUCUGCACUUUCAGAUGGUUCAACUGCUAAUGUGGAUUUAACGGGCGGCUACUACGAUGCGGGCGAUAACAUAAAAUUCAACCUCCCAAUGGCUUUCACCACCACCCUGCUUUCAUGGGCGGCGAUCGAGUACCCGGAGGAGUUGGGCCCCCAAUUACGAAGUACUCGAGACGCCAUUGCAUGGGCUGCAGACUACCUUCUAAAGUGUGCCACUGCCACCCCGGGCAAGCUCUAUGUCCAAGUAGGCAAUCCUUACCAAGACCACAGCUGCUGGCAGCGGCCGGAGGACAUGAGCCCUGGUCGGCCUGUCUUCUCGGUCUCAGCAGACAACCCGGGCUCGGACGUCGCCGGAGAGAUCGCUGCUGCCCUAGCAGCUGCUUCGAUGGUGUUCCGAAGCGUCGACGGGAGGUACUCAGAUAGGCUCCUGGGCACUGCACAGAAGGUGAUGCAGUUUGCAAUGCAGCAUAGGGGAGCAUAUAGCAACUCCAUUUCAUCAGUCGUCUGCCCCUUCUACUGCUCCUAUUCUGGCUUCAUGGAUGAGCUGCUGUGGGGGAAUGCAUGGCUAUAUACCGCAACAAAUAACCCUUCUUAUCUUAAUAAUAUAAACUCACUCGGAGCCAACGACGCAAGCAAUACAUUCAGUUGGGACAAUAAAUUCGCAGGUGCUCGUGUCCUCUUAUCAAAGAAAGCUUUGGUGAACAAGGACAACACCUUCCAACCAUUCACACAAGCAGCCCAAAAUUUCAUUUGUCAAAUUCUACCAAAGUCACCUUCUUCGAGCACACAAUAUACCCCAGGGGGGCUACUGUACAAGUCUGAUGGAAGCAAUACGCAAUAUGCAAUGGCAAUUUCAUUCUUGCUCGCCACCUACUCCAAGUACAUGGCCACAGCAAGGUAUACCUUUAACUGUGGCUCCUACCAGGUCACCCCAGCUACCCUCCAAGCCCUUGUUAGGCAACAGGUGGACUACAUUUUAGGGGCGAACCCCAUGGGGAUGUCCUACAUGGUAGGGUAUGGAACACGCUUUCCCCAAAAGGUUCACCACAGAGGAGCAUCCUCCCCUUCAAAGCGGGUCCACCCACAGCCCAUCGACUGCCAAGACAGCUUCCAGUACCUCUACUCCUCCAGCCCCGACCCCAACACGCUGACCGGCGCCAUCGUCGGCGGCCCCGACAGCAGCGACCACUACGCCAACGACCGGAACAACUACGGCCAAUCGGAGCCCACCACGUACAUCAACGCUGCCGUCGUCGGACCCCUGGCGUACCUUGCUGCCAAUUCCAAGUAG